CAAAUAGACAAGGUUGUGUGGCCGCCAUCGUUACGUCAGCUGGACUUUGGUGUGGAGUUCAACCAGCCCAUGGACAAGGUCACUCUCCCGGCAUCGCUACUCCAGCUGGACUUUGGUAUGGAGUUUAAUCAUCCCGUUGACAGGGUUCGAUGGCCGGUGUCCUUGCAGAAGCUAGCGUUUGGGCGGGACUUCAACCAGCCCGUUGGCAAGGUCACUUUGCCGGCAUCGCUACUCCAGCUGACUUUUGGAAAGAACUUCAACCAGCCAAUUGACAUGCUUCGAUGGCCGGCGUCCCUGCAAGAGCUCACGUUUGGCCGCAGCGAUGGCUCCAUGUGGGACCACAAAAAAAUGACGCCCUACAUCCAGCACUUCUUUGGUCUUGGCUCUAACUUUAACCAGCCCAUAACUGGAGUCUUGUGGCCGGCUUCGCUUGUGAAGAUCACAUUUGGGCAGUGCUUCAACCAACCGAUAACGGGAGCCUUGUGGCCGGCUUCGCUUCGGCACCUCGCCUUCAGCCGGGAUUUCCAGUUGCCGAGUGAGACCUUCGAAUGGCCGGCGUCUCUGCAGCAGGUGACGAUCGCUUGCCGGCCUGACCAAGCACUACCAUCGUGGCAAGGUGUGGAAGUCUUCGGGGUAUGGAGAGCAUACUGGCCCCAUCGAGAGGAAACUGAUAAACUACAGUAACUUAUGGUUUCCUUCCAUCCUACGGAGUUGGCAGCCAAGCGUGGCCCUCU